AUGGAGAACAAGCACAACAUAACCCAGGAGACCCUUGACGGACUUAAAAAAGAACUGGAUAAUCUUGUCAACGUAGAAAGACUAAAAAUCAUCCAAGAGAUCAAAGAUGCAAGGGCCAACGGUGACCUUUCCGAAAAUGCAGACUACGAAUCUGCUCUUGAACAGCAAAAAGUAAUAGAGGGAAGAAUAGCUGAGAUCAAAUCAAUAAUCCACAAUCACGUAAUAAUUUCAGGAGAAAAGGGAGGAAAAGGUAAGAAUGAUGUCGUAAAAAUAGGUUCCAAGAUCAAGAUACUGGAGAUAGAGGACAAUACCGAAAUGAUCUACGAAAUCCUAGGUUCUGUUGACAACAAUCCUCAAUUGGGGAAAAUUUCUAACGAAUGCCCGCUUGCGAGGGCAAUACUUGAUAAAAAAGUAGGAGAUGAAGUGGAAAUACAAAAUGUGGAGUAUCCAUAUCGAGUAAAAAUACUUGAAGUUCUAUAG